GUGUUUGAGAUCCUGGUGUGUUCGGGAAGGUAGUGGGCGACGUUAGUUGCAAACGGAUUUGGUUCGUGGACAGUGCUUCGUUUAGAGCGCCGUACCCAACCGGUUUCUCUUCUUCCAACCACCUUCCAGCCCGACUCUCGUCCCCCACCUUCUCCCUCUUGUGCGCACAUGAAGAGAAUCAUCUGUGGCCGCAACCAUGACCACUACUGCCACCGAUGCCGCAAAUAGGUUUGCCCAGGAAGUCGCUCGUCUUCGAGCCGAAUACCAGGCGAAGCGACAGAAGUCCAACGCCUUCCCUCCUGCAGGACGUCCCAUUCUGGACAUGGAGCUCGUUCCAGGCGAUAAACCAGCCGUAGGGAUCUGGUACGAAGACGGCACGCAACUGGGCCAAUACGUUCGCCUCUUUGAUAUACCAGGAACCCUGUCUGGCGAUAUCCUUCGCCUUGAGCGCCCCCUCCCGGCGGUGGACGGUCAUUACGAAAUUGAAGGAGACGUUAUUCGCAAUCUCGACGAAUGCCCAGACUACCCAAUAGAACCCGAAGACGACUUCGAGGAUGUGUCCGACCUCAUUGCCAAGCUGCCGCGCAUUGAUGUCGACCCCUCCAAGCAUUUCCUUAAGAAAGGGAAAUACAGAAGCGAGAUUGAGAACCUCCUCAAGUGCCAGGGAGGCUCAUGCCCCGGCACUGUUCUUUCUCCGCAUCUUGUCCGUCUCCUCGGCACUUCCGCCGAUGGACAGCUGGUCUUCGAGAAGCUGUCAACUCGCGGAUCAAUUCUGGGGCGCUUCCACUCCCUCGAGACCUACAAGCGCUGGAUUCUCCACAUCAUCGACGCCCUCUCCUGCCUUCACUCCCUCGGCAUCGUCCACCGGGAUCUCCGGAUCGACAACUGCCUCUUCACCCCGGACGGUAGCCGCCUCGUGGUCUGCGACCUUGAGAGCCGCUGGGGGCAGCGCGCCGCCCCGGAGAUUGCCUUCGACGGGGGGGUGGACAACUCGGGAUGGACGACCCGGUCCGACAUCUACGACAUUGGAAACUGCAUCAAGUGCAUGGUGUACGCCAACGCGCCCAUCACGAACCAAGUCGAGUGGCCCGUGCCUGAACCACUCCAAGCUGUCGUCGAAGCUUGCAUGCGCAAAUCGCCUGACGACCGGCCGACACUGCUCGAGCUGCGGAAGAUGGUGGAGGCAAUUCGCGUUGACGGCUGUUGACCAAACACUCUAUGUAUUUUUUCUAGGUCCCAGUUUUGUUGUUGCAUUUGGAAGUGAGAGAGAGUUACGGGUAAUUGACGGCUCACCGCGGAUCAGAGGUUCGAUCAUUGCUUUCCUUGCUUUCGGACUCUAGGGACAGAGGUAUCGCUAGUUAUUCGCCCAUCAAUCCUACAGCCAGAGGGAAAGGCGCUUUGGAUGGCCACUGCCUGUCCCAGUCAACAACAACCCCCUUCCCCCACAGACCACAGACACGCCUCAACUCAGCGUAUUUCUAACCAU